UGUAGACGCUGAAGAUCCACUGGGGCGGAACGCACCACGAUAGACCCCAGUGUAGGCCGGUGGAUUUAAUACUUAUUGUAAAAUGUCUCACCGUCAGUGAGGAGUGACAUCACCAGACAUGGAAAUAUGGGUUGUUUAUCUGAUGCUAGGCUUUCUACACAUGUCGGAUGGCCUUCUGUGCUAUCAGUGUUCCAGCAGCGGAAGUAAAGGCGAAUGUAUGACAGGGUACGGUACGUUCAUAAGGGUGUCCAACGCACUGUCCUCACCCAACAGCACCUUUGUUCGUGGGGGCGGCCCCACAGCCAGUGAAGUUCCUCACUACAAGAACUGCAACACCUUCGGUAACAGAAGCAUGUGUAUCAUCGAAGAAGUUCGAAAUGUGUUUACGGGAGAUGUUUCAAGCUUCAACCGGGACUGUUCAGACGGUGUGUCGUUCUCCAUCAACUCUACCUCCCUGAGCACAGACACGCCUGCCAACUUUACUGCUUGCGCAUACGGUAACCAUGGCUACCAAAUCUGCAUCACUCUGUGCAAUUCCGGAAACUUCUGCAAUGGGCCCAAUAGAGGAGCACAACAAGAAAAUCCCUCUGUUGUCGCGUUAACCUUCCUACUUUGCUUAUUCUAUUCUUGCGUCAAAUUCUAAAUAUCCCAGAAUAAAUACGGUUUUUGUUGUUA